CGGGGGUGAUUUGUAUUUCCAGGUGAGGCUUUAGUUGUGAUAAUCUGCGUUUAAGAAUUACGACCAAUGGACUUCAUAUCGCAAGGCCGAGAAUAGUUUGUUCAAGGUCCAUCGUUAUUUCUUUGAUCGAGAGUCCCCGAAAUUUCAAGAUAUGCUGUCAAGGCCGCCGCCUACCGGGCAAGCGGCGUAUGGUUCUCUCAACAAUCCUGUGGUACUAGAUGUGACGAGCGAGGAGUUUCAGCAACUUCUAUGGGUGUUUUAUAAUCCGGUUUAUACAUACGAAGAAGCUAAACUAGAAGACUGGGCGUGCAUACUGUCCCUCGCAUGUCACUACAAGUUCCCCGAAGUAAAAAGAUUGGCAGUCCGAAACCUGGAGAAAUUAAAUCUCGAUCUUGUCGAACAGAUUUCCCUGUAUCAGGAAUACAAAGUUGACGAGGAUUUACUCAUUCCGCUCUAUGCACAACUAUGUGCUCGAGAUCGAACACUCAGCCUCCUCGAAACGCACAAACUGGGAUACGAAACGGCAGUCAUGGUGUUCCAGGCGCGGGAGCAUCUGCGUUCCCCCGCAGACCGAGGGAAGAGUCCUUUGCCCGAUGAUAUUGAGGAGGGAGAGGUUGAAGAUACGAUUCGUGAUCUCAUGAAAGAUCUCUUCAGUGGAAAUCCUAACGAUAACCGUAAGAGCAUUUCUGCUAGUGGCUGGGUGAACAUUGCUCGCAUUCGUCAUUCGCGCGAGAAGCUGACUUGAUUUCUUCUUCGUCAUAGGCAGCAGCUUACGAAGAGGCAUUAGCGACAAUAAACAUGGAACCCAAACCAAGAAGUAUACGGAGAAUUCAGAGGCCUCCUCCCCCUCCCGCUCCUUCGAGCGACACACCCGACGAGAUGGAUGGAAUGCACAAAAUGGAGACGAUUACGGAAGUAUCAACAGUUCGGACUGGGAGGACUAAUAGUCUCUCCUCGCAAGUAACAAACUCUAAACGACGAGCUCAGAGUCCCAACGGAG